CUCUCUCGCUCUCGCUCUCACCCUCUCAAGAGUGGCCAAGUCCCGAACCACACAGCCCAGCCCGGAACUGGCAAAAGCAGUAUGCUGAAGCUGCUGCCCAAGAGGCUGCCACAGGAACAAAUGCACAUGUUCCUAAUGCCACCAGCAGGUGGGUUUAUAAGCCCGUUGAGCCUGGCAAACUAUCUGGACUUUUCCAAACAGCAUUUGCCUUCGACUCUAUUUACUCUACUUUCACCGCAUUGAAUAACAGUGCAAGCUUACCAUUUUACUUGAGUUUUCAUUCCUAACCUCGUAUUUUAUCAUUCUCGUACCAUGGAGGCUAUUGCCCAGCAUCCUCCUUUGCUCAUCUUCGAGCAUAUCAUCCAUUAUCUUUUGCCUGAGUUUCUCAAUGACUCAUAUGAUAAGGAAGCCAUAUAUGAUGUCAGCAAACCCCUAACACGCGUUUGCCGUUCAUGGCGCCAGUUUUUCCUUAGUUAUGCAUUCCGUUACGUACAUGUGGGCACUCAAUUCAAACCGUCCCUCAAGUUAGCUUAUGCGCUUGGCACCUGUGACCUAACAAAGGAGGUCAUAGUAAUGUUCAAAACUGCGACUAUAUUUAAUGGCUCGGCUUUAAUCCAGCUUAGGCAAUGCACGCCGGCUGAAACUUUAUUUCCACAUAUUGAAGUCCUCUCCUUUACCUUUACUGGAAAGCUUGGUAAACUGAAGCAGGAUGAUAAGCUACAGCCAAUCCACAUAUUCACUGAUGAGCUCAUGCACAUAUUCCCUGAUAUUUCUUCCGUUAAGGUGACACGCGACGGGGAAGCUUCGCAGUAUUGGUCUCCUUUUCAUUCACACAAACUAUUGGAGCGCCUACUAACCGGAAGAUCUGCCAUUGACUGCACCGGAUAUAUUUUGAAUGCAGUCUUACCAUUCUCUCAAAGCUCGACCCCGCUACAAAGUUUGGUCACUAGUGGGAGCAUUAAAACAAAGCAAGUGUUCACCUUUAUCCGCAGAAAUUGGCAGUCGCUACAAUGGCUGGAUCUUGACCUCAGUGCGCCUAACCUCGUUGAGCACAUCGUAUCCAACAGCGAUGGCACAACUGUCACGUAUCCUGAACUUCAUAAGCUUCGCCUAAAGACUUGUGAACAAGACGCUACCACUGCAUCGCGUCCGUCAUUCGAUGGGAUGCCAUUUCCUGCACUGAAAUCCUUGGUUGUCCACGGCAUCUAUCCGUUUUCCGACGACACUUUGCUACGCGGAUCCGGAGAUUCAAUGGAAUUCCUGGACAUGUGUAUGUCGGAGAGUGACAUCGACAUGUUUAUCGAAGCCGGCAUUCUGGACGAGGGUCGGUUCAAGGCGCUGCAGUGCGCGAGACUCGGGGAGUUGUUUGAAUGGCCCAGCCAGGUAUAUGGCAAUCGUGUUUCGCGUAUACUCGGGGCAUUCCACAGGACGCCAGUGAUUGACCUUAGCGAUGGGUUCAAUUUCAACUAUUCUGUUCUUCAGUCGCGUGUUGACAGUUUUGCGCCAACUCUCCGCGUCCUGGACAUUCCUGGGGUGAGGUGCACGUAUGAGCAGAUCCUUGAACUGAUCGGAUCUCUGCCACUCAUUCACAAGCUUGAUGUGACUUGUGCCAAAAGCGUCGACCUGGGAGAUGCCAAUUAUGAUACAGAACUGAUGGAGCUCGCCGAUAAGGAGCGCCUGGUGUCAUGGGAUGCCAAAUCCCACUUUGGCUGUGUUUACCUGGAUAUGAACACUCGUCCCAUUGCCGGUGCCUCGGGUCCCCCUCUAUCUCUGACUCUGAAGGAAUUUCACCUACGCGUAGACCGGGGUGCAGGCUGGCUUCAGGCUGUAAGGCUGGCGGUCAUUCUGGCGUUGCGGUGCCCGAGCAUCCUCUCUUUCCCCAAGUUUUUUGCCAAUGGUGUGACCUUGUUCCGCUCCCAUCUUGUGGAAAUGGGUCCCUUCGUUCAGCUUGCGGACUACUUGAGCCGUGACCGCACCUAGGCUUUUGGAGCCGCUUUUUCAUUUCAUUCUCAGUUUAUUUCUGAUGCCCUCCACAAUAUAUCGACAGCCAAGCAUUUAUUAUGCGGAUAUGAGGU